AUGGUGCGAGAAAGAGACGGGGACACCGCAUCUGCAGCACCCGAUGGCCAAUCAAAGCAUCGCGACUCCGACACCCAAAGCGAUGUCUCUGCAGCUGCAACCCAUCACCGCAAUAAGCAGCAGCAUCAAAAGCACCACCACGUCGCUGGUCGCCUUCAUGCCCGCGUCCCUUCCUCCAAGGUCCUCCACACAAAGUCGCACCAGCAUGCUCAAGCCGCUCCAAGGCUAACCAGGCGCACGACCUCUCCCGGUGAUCGCGAGUCCAAUCGCCGUCCAAACCACCGCCGCGUUAAUAGCGAAGCUAAGCUGUCGCGGGACAGCUCCUCCUCCAUUCUACCCAAAAGUGCCUCCCAAUCUAGCCUCAAGCGCAACCGCUCCAGCAUCGAAGUGUCCAAGCGCAUCCGGUCGUCUGACAAGCUGCAUCGCAAUACUAGCAGCACUACCGUGAACAAGCAAAAACCUCAUAAAUCCCAAGUGACAUUCGACAUUGGCAUAGAGGAUCCCGAAGACGAAUGGGUUGAUGCGAGCGGUUCCAACUCGCCGCAUAUGUCACGAAAAGGUUCACUUAUCAACAGUGGCCAAUCUUCUCUACAGCGAAACCCCGCUCCCAGCGCCAAUUCUAGACCGCAUACACCAGCCGAGUCUGUGCAGCCCUCCACCACCACUUCACCCUCUGAACAAGAACGACUGCGCCACAAAGAAUAUCUUACAUCCCGCGUGCUGAAGCGAACCAUGUCGCAGGGCGCAACUACGCAGAUGGCUACCCAAAUGGCACAGGCCAGUCUUCCACGUCAUUCUCCCGAAUCAGACGUUCCCAAUGGGUCGCUCUCAACAUCUGGCAACCAAGAUGGGCUGACUUCGAGAUUUGUCGAGACUCCCGGAUCCGGCAUCGUCAGUGAGGGCUCAUUCUACAACCGCCCUGGUAGCUCAAGACAGCUACCGGUUUCGCCCCGAGUGCAUUCUUCUUCAAGCCUGUCGCAGAAUGGCGCAAAGCAACCCAUUUCCGAUAUCGACAAUAGUGCCCUUGUGCCAAAGGCUGCCGGUCGUAGUUCUGCUCCGAAAGCAGGAACAUCUCGAACACAACAGAAGCUGAAUCUUCAGCGCCAAAGCUCUGCUCUUGAACCUGGACAAGCUGUUGGAGCUGUCGGCGGCGUUCCAGGUCCUCUUAUUGGCAUUACUGGUGCAGGCUACGACGGCGCCAGUAGCCGCGAUCCGCGUGUCAACAGACUCAUGGAAAGAGCCGGCAUGGAAUACCUCGUUGUGCGAAGAUGUCAGAAUCCCAUUGCCCGCUCGCUCAACCGGCUCGGUCGACUACCCGAUCUUGGGAAAAGCAAGCGUAUUCCUCGCCCUGCCACACCUCUUGUCAACGGCAAAAGAACAGCACCUGAAGCGCCUGUUCGCCAUGCCCGCAAUGUCAGUAUGCCAGAUCCGAGACAAGCCGCGGCCUCGAGAAGGGUGACGACUAUACGAAGCAGUGGCGCCGGCUCUAGCUUCGAGGGUGAUGACGCAGCCCGCUCGAGUGAAAGAAUGAGCGGUUCAAGCGUGACAGAGGAGACUAACGAUACCGCAACGCUGCUGCGAAACUUGUGGGAAAGGUCGAUGGAAUUGAGCGCGAGCACGGAUUAA